CAUCGUGCGCAUUUCAUGGCUUCUGGGUGCCGUACCUGCUUCCCGCCAGGCUUUCCUGGGUGGCGGAGAGCGAACCCAUCCCAGCCGGGAUUGGGGGAGGGGGCGUCGGCGCAGGGCCCCGUGGGCAGAGCUGCGCUGGGAGCUGGCGGGCUCCGCAUUCAUCAUUGUUCCUCCAGCGCCUGGCACGGGCUGAGCCGCAGCAGGGACCGUGGCCUGAAGCGCGCCAUCUCCUCCGCGUCUCCCGCCCGCCCGCGGAGCUCUCCGCCCACAGGUGUUUCCAAGGCUCCUUCCACCUGCCGGACCGACGGCGCACCUGGGGUCAAACCUGGCCCCCGGCUGGCCGAGAGCACCACAGCCGGCGGGCGCUGGAGGGCGCGGGGCGCACGGGGCCGCGGAGGGACCCGAGCGCGCCCCCGCCUCGCGCCGCGCGCACGUGACUGCGCCCCCGGCCCCGCCCCCGGCCUGCCCCCCGCCCCCACUGGCCGCUCGGCCGCGCGCGGGUCGGCCGGCUCUAUGGGGAAAGCGGCCGCUCCGAGUCGAGGCGCCGGCUGUGGCGGCCGCUCCCGCGGACUCUCUUCGCUGUUCACGGUCGUCCCCUGCCUGUCGUGCCACACGGCGGCGCCGGGAAUGAGCGCUUCCACAUCUGGCUCUGGGCCGGAGCCCAAGCCCCAUCUCCAGCCGGUGCCCGAACCGGAGCGGGGACCGCUGUCAGAACAGGUGUCAGAGGCAGUUUCGGAGGCAGUGCCAAGAUCGGAGCCUGUGUCCGACACAACGUCUGAGCCGGAGCCAGGGGCUGGGCAGGCAUCGGAACUGCUGCAGGGGUCGCGGCCAGGGUCAGAUUCAAGUUCAGGUGUAAGGGCUGGGCCCUUCACCAAGGCCGCAUCAGAGCCGCUCUCCCGGGCAGUGGGGAGCGUGCCCUUUCUCAGACCCGAGUCGGGGUCGCUGCCAGCGUUAAAGCCCUUGCCUCUUCUGCGACCAGGACAGGCGAAGACUCCUGUUGGGGUUCCAAUGUCGGGGUCUGGUGCGACCUCCAGUGCCCCACUGGCCUUAAUGCCUCUGGACAGCUUCGAGGGCUGGCUCCUCAAGUGGACCAACUAUCUGAAGGGCUACCAGCGCCGCUGGUUCGUGCUGGGCAAUGGCUUGCUCUCUUACUACAGAAAUCAGGGUGAAAUGGCCCACACCUGCCGUGCAACCAUCAACCUGUCCACAGCGCACAUUGACACGGAGGAUUCUUGUGGUAUCUUGCUGACCAGUGGGGGCAGGAGCUACCACCUCAAGGCCAGCUCAGAGGUGGACCGGCAGCAGUGGAUCACCGCUCUGGAGCUGGCCAAGGCCAAGGCUGUCCGCGUGAUGAACACUCAUUCAGAUGACUCUGGGGAUGACGACGAGGCUGCCACCCCAGCUGACAAGAGUGAGCUGCACCACACCCUGAAGAACCUCUCCCUGAAGUUAGAUGACCUCAGCACAUGCAAUGACCUCAUUGCCAAGCAUGGCGCCGCACUCCAGCGCUCCCUGAAUGAGCUGGACGGCCUCAAGAUCCCAUCCGAGAGUGGGGAGAAGCUGAAGGCGGUGAAUGAGCGGGCCACCCUCUUCCGCAUCACAUCCAAUGCUAUGAUCAAUGCCUGCAGGGACUUCCUGGAACUAGCAGAGAUACACAGCCGGAAAUGGCAGCGGGCGCUGCAGUAUGAGCAGGAGCAGCGCGUGCACUUGGAGGAAACCAUUGAGCAGCUGGCCAAGCAGCAUAACAGCCUCGAGCGGGCCUUCCGCGGCGCCCCUGGCCGGCCGGCCAACCCCUCCAAGAGCUUCAGCGAGGGAAGCCUCUUGACUCCCAAAGGAGAGGACAGUGAGGAAGAUGAAGAUACCGAGUACUUUGAUGCCAUGGAAGAUUCCACAUCCUUCAUCACCGUGAUCACUGAGGCCAAGGAAGACAGAAAAGCUGAAGGUAGCAGUGGAACAAGUUCCGUGGACUGGAGCUCGACAGACAAUAUACUAGAUGGUGCCUCACUCGUGCCCAAGGGUUCAUCCAAAGUCAAGAGGCGAGUUCGCAUCCCCAACAAGCCCAACUACAGCCUUAACCUCUGGAGCAUCAUGAAGAACUGCAUCGGCCGGGAGCUCUCCAGGAUCCCCAUGCCGGUGAACUUCAACGAGCCCUUGUCCAUGCUCCAGCGGCUGACGGAGGACCUGGAGUACCACCACCUGCUGGACAAGGCGGUGCACUGCACCAGCUCAGUGGAGCAGAUGUGCCUGGUAGCCGCCUUCUCCGUGUCCUCCUACUCCACCACGGUACACCGCAUCGCCAAGCCCUUCAACCCCAUGCUGGGGGAGACUUUCGAGCUAGAUCGCCUCGACGACAUGGGCCUGCGCUCCCUCUGUGAGCAGGUCAGCCACCACCCCCCCUCAGCUGCACACUACGUGUUCUCCAAGCAUGGCUGGAGCCUCUGGCAGGAGAUCACCAUCUCCAGCAAGUUCCGGGGAAAAUACAUCUCCAUUAUGCCACUAGGUGCCAUCCACUUAGAAUUCCAGGCCAGUGGGAAUCACUACGUGUGGAGGAAGAGCACCUCAACGGUCCACAACAUCAUCGUGGGCAAGCUCUGGAUCGACCAGUCAGGGGACAUAGAGAUUGUGAACCAUAAGACCAAUGACCGAUGCCAGCUGAAGUUCCUGCCCUACAGCUACUUCUCCAAAGAGCCAGCCCGGAAGGUAACAGGAGUGGUGAGUGACAGCCAGGGCAAGGCCCACUAUGUGCUGUCCGGCUCGUGGGAUGAACAAAUGGAGUGCUCCAAGGUCGUGCAUAGCAGCCCCAGCAGCCCCACCUCCGAUGGGAAGCAGAAGACAGUGUACCAGACUCUGUCAGCCAAGCUGCUGUGGAAGAAGUACCCACUGCCGUCAGAAGAAGUGAUCGAACUGCAUUUAAAAAGACAAAACCAGGUGGGCGUUAAUCCCAGCACUGUGGGAGGCUGAGACUGGUGGAUGACCUGAGGUCAGGAGUUCAAGACUAGCUUGGCCAAGAUGGUGAAACCCUGUCUCAUUAACUGGUGUGGUGGUAUAUGCAUGUAAUCCUAGCUGCUUCGGAAGCUGAGGCAGGAGAACUGCUUGAACCCGGGAGGUGGAGGUUGCAGUGAGCCAAGAUCAUACCAUUGCACUCCAGCCUGGGAGAGAGUGAGAUGCCAUCUCAAAAAAAAAAAAAGAUAAAACCCAGGAAAGACAAGAAGCUACAGGGAGAACACAGAAUGAGGUCCCCGCAGCAGGCUCCCUGGCCUUCCAAUGUCGAGUCUCCACCAAAAUGAAGACCAAAAAAAAAUUCUAAUAGCUUCCAGCAAGAAGGAGAUUUCAGUUGAGGAUAAAAAGUCAGUCUGACAUCAGAUUUUUCAACAACCAACACUGGAUUAAUAUUUUCUAAGUUAUGAAAUUAGAAAGUAGAAUUUUCUAUCUGGUCAAACUAUCAUUCACAUAUGUGGCCAUAUCCUUCGGCAUGCAGCCUCAGAAGUUUUGCCUCACAAAAUCGAACGAUGAAAACAUUAUUGGGACGGGUGCAGUGGCUCCCGCCUGUAAUCCCAGCACUUUGGGAGGCCAGGAGUUUGAGACUACCCUGGCCAACAUGGUGAAACUGUCACUACUAAUAAUACAAAAAUUAGCCAGAUGUGGUGGUGGCGCCUGUAGUCCCAGUUACUCACAAGGCUGAAGCAUGAGAAUCAUUUGAACCCAGGAGGUGGAAGUUACAAUGAGCCAAGAUCGUGCCACUGCACUCCAGCAUUGGAGAGGGAAAAAAAUGAAAACUAUAUUGGACAUAGUACUUUAAAGGGGGGAUGGGGGAGCAAGGACUUUACAAUAGAUGAAUAAAGUAAGAGUGUUUUUUGUUGUUGUUUGUUUUGAGAUGGACUCUCACUCUGUUGCCCAGGCUAGAAUGCAGUGGCAUGAUCUCAGCUCACUGCAAACUCCACCUCCCAGGUUCAAGUGAUUUUCCUGCCUCAGCCUCCUGAGUAGCUGGGACUAUAGGCACCACCACCACACCCGGCUAAUUUUUGUAUUUCAGGUAGAGACAGGUUUUCACCAUGUUGGCCAGUCUGGUCUUGAACUCCUGACCUCAAGUGAUCGGCACCUCGUCCUCUCAAAGUGUUAGAAUUACAAGUGUGAGCCACCACACCCAACCUAAAAGUUAUUUUUUAAACAAUUACUAGGAUCAAAGAAAAAUAGAAAAUAUGCCCGUAAUAAUGCAGAUUUAAAAGUUUAGAUAAUGUUAGCAUGAGGGAAUUUGGGGAGAAGGGGAAGGACCUCAGGGAUGUGAAGAAAUGCUAAGUUCUUAUUAGAAGGAAGAAGCAUUUAUAAGAUUGUUAUAGAGAAAAUUGAAAAGUAGCACAAACAAAAACAGUGAAUUAGCAUAACAGCAAUAGGUCCAAGUGUCAAUGAUUGCUUCAUUGAUAAACUUCAUCUAUUUAUAUUUUAUUAUAAUCAGUUAAAAAGCAAAGUACUGACAAACUGGAUUUUUUUUUUUUUUUAAGAGACAGAGUCUCGCCGUUAUCCAGGCUGGCAUUCAGUGGCACAAUCACAGUUCACUGCAGCCUCAAACACCCAUAUUCAAGUGAUUCUCCAACCUCACACUCCUGAAUAGCUAGGACUAUAGGUAUGCACCACCAUGCCUGGGUAAUGUUAAAAAAUUUUUUGUAGGGACAGGGUCUCACUAUGUUGCCCUGUCCAAUCUCAAAUUCCUGGCCUCAAGUAAUCUUCCAGCCUCAGCCUCUCAAAGUGCUGGGAUUACAGACACAAGCCACUAACUCCAGCCUAAUUGGAUUUGUUAAAAUCCGGAUACCUGAGCCUUCUAAUAGAUUCCCAAAAUAUGAAGGUAUACAAAAGUCAAAAGACAUAUAUCAUGAAAAUACUAACCAGCAAAAGCUAUAAUAGCUAUAUUAAUAUCAAGUAAGAUAGACUUUAGGACAAAAGCAUUAUUAAGGAAGGGAAAGUUGCUAUAUAAUAAAAGGUUGAGUUCAACAAAAAAUAUAAUAUUUUUAAACAUUAUGCAUAUAAUUAAAAUGCCUCAAAUAUAUACAAAGCACAUAUUGAUACUUAAGGAAGAAAUGGAUAAAUCCAUCACCACAGUAGGAGACUGGGAGGUUUCUAAAUACCUUGCUCACUUGCAGAUAGGUCAAAUGGAAAAAAUUAAAAACAAUCCAGCAAGUAUAUGGAGACUGAAACAAUACAGGCUAUACAGACUCACGGAUGCCACCCUGAGAAAAUACUUUUUCUCAAGUAUACAUGGAUUGUAUGCAAAAAUUGAUCAUGGACUAAACCCUAAUGAAAGCCUCACGGAUGUACAGAUCUGUGAUGGCAGGUGGAUCACCUGAGGUCAGGAGUUCUAGACUAUCCUGGCCAAAAUGGUGAAACCCCGUUUCUACUAAAAAUACAAAAAUUAGCUAGAAAUAGUGGCAAGUGCCUAUAAUCCUACUCUGGAGGCUAAGGUGGGAGAAUCGCUUGAACCUGGGAGGCAGAGGUUACAGUGAGCUGAGAUGGCGCCAGUGUACUCCAGGCUAGGUGACAGAGUGAGACUCCGUCUCAGGAAAAGAAAAAAUUACACUGGCUGGAUCCAACAAAAGCAACGCUUUGAAGGAAAUAUGUGGCCUUAAAUCAUUUAAAUAAUGUCGAGGCUUUCUCCUUUCUGAGUAUCAAUUCUAAUAUUAGAAAGUUCAACAUAGAAAUUCAAAGAGACCUCAUCCCUACCAAAAAAACAAAGAUUUCUUUUUCUCAAUUAGCCAGGCAUGAUGCUGCAUUGCCUGUAGUCCUGGCUACUCAGAAGGACUGAGAUGGGAGGAUCACUUCGGCCCAGGAGGUCAAGGCUGCUGCAAGUUGUCAACACACCACUGCACUCCAGCCUGUCUUGCUCCAGACAGAGCAAGACCCUGUCCCAAAAAAUAAUAAUUUUGGCCAGGUGUGGUGGUUCAUGCCUAUAAUCUCCAGUAUUAUUCCAUUUUCACACUACUAUAAAGAUACUACCAGAGAUUGGGUAAUUUAUAAAGGAAAGAGGUUUCAUUAACUCACAGUUCUGCAUGAUUAAAGAAGCCUCAGGAAACUCAAUCAUGGUGUAAGGUGAAAGAACCAAGUAACUUCUUCACAAGGCAGCAGGAGAGAGCAGGGGAAACAGCCACUUACAAAACCAUGAGAUCUCGUGAGAACUCACUCACUCUCACAAGAACAGUGACCACCCCCAUGGUCUAAUCACCUCCCACAAGGUCCCUCCCCUGACGUGGGGAUUACAAUUUAGAUUAUAAUUUGAGAUGAGAUUUGGAUGGGGACAUAGCCAACCCAUAUCAUCUUACCAUUUUGCAAGGCCAAGUUGGGAAGAUUGCUUGAGGUUCAAGAAUUUGAGACGAGCCUGGGUAACGUGGCAAGUCCCCAUCUAUAUAUCAAUAAUAAGAAGAAGAAUAAAAGAAGAAAUCAAUAAAAAGAUAAAGCCAAAAGUGGAUUCUUUGAGGCACAAAAAACUGUCAAAUUAGGAAACUACUGGCAAGACUGAUCAAGAUAGAAAUAAGUAUUAUUAAUGAAAAAGGUUUAAUGUGACAUAUGAAGUAUAAAGACAUGAUUAAAACUUAGAGGAACAAAUUCUUAGAAAACUACAACAAGAACUAACUCUAGCUGGGCACAGUGGCUCACACCUAUAAUUCCAGCACUUUGGAGAGGCAAGGCAGUUGGAUCAUUUUUAAGCCCAUGAGUUCAAGACCAACCUGGGCAACAGCAAGAUCCUGUCUCUACAAAAAAAAAAAAAAAAAAAAAAGAGAGAACUGACUUCCAGAACAAAUAAAACACAUGACUACUCCUAUAAUAAAGUAACUGAGGCAACAGUUUAGAAAUUACCAUAAGAAAAGCACAAGGCCCAGUUAAUUUUACAGGUGAAUUCUCCCAAUUUUUCCAGAAUCAUUAUUCCAAUUUUAUAUAAAAUGUUCCAGAUCAUAGAAAAAGGAAAUAAUUACCUGUCCUAUACUGUGAAGCCAAGAUAACCCUUAUACCAAAUUGGGCUAAACUAGCAGUAGGAAAAAAAAGUUCUACCCUAUUUCACUUAUAUUAAUAAAUAUAUAAGGAAAAAUCCAAAACAAGAUUGAAUUUAUCCUGGGUAUACAGAAUGAUUUCAUAUUAGAAAAAUUCAUAGAGUAAUCAUAUUCACAGGUUUCAAUAGAUUCAGAAAAAGCAUUUUAGUGCCUAGAUGCCUAGAUAUAAGAUUAAUAUACAAAAGCCAACUGCAUUUCUAUAUACUAACAGCAAACAACUAGAAAAAUGUAAUUUAAGACAAGACACCAAGGCUGAGCAUAAUGGCUCACACCUGUAAUCCCAGCACUUUGGGAGGCUGAGGCAGGCAGAUCACCCGAGGUCGGGAGUUUGAGACCAGCCUGACCAACAUGGAGAAACCCUAUCUCUACUGAAAUACAAAAUUAGCCAGGCAUGGUGGCACAUGCCUGUAAUCUUAGCUACUCGGGAGGCUGAGGCAGGAAAAUCACUUGAACCUGGGAGGCGGAGGUUGCAGUGAGCCGAGAUUGUACCAUUGCACUCCAGCAUGGGCAACAAGAGCGAAACUCUGUCUCAAAAAUAAAUAAAUAAAUAAAUAAAUAAAUAAAUAAAUGACACCAAUAAACAGCAUAUAAUAUCAAGGACCUCUAUAGGGAGUAUUAUAAAGCUUUAAUAAGAGAUACCAAAGAAGAGCUAAAUAAAUGGCGAAAUAUACAAAGUAUUGUAAAGAUGUCAUGAUCUAAAAAGUCAGUAAAUCAAACAAAACCCCAAUACGGACUUUCAUGGAACUUGAUAUUAGAAUUUUUAAAAUUUAUAUUGAGAUAUAAAGGGCCAAGACAUUUCUGAAGACCAGAGAGGACUUGCCCUACUAGAUACCAGGAUUUUUAUUUUGAAACUAUAGUUAACAGAAUAGUGAGCCCAGAAACAGACCUAGGGAUAUAUGUAUCUCUGAUAUAUGACAGAGGUGGCAUAUCAGAUCUUGUGGGAAAGAUGGAAUGGCUCACCAAAUGGAUCUGGGUAAAAAUGAUUGUCCCUAUGGAAAAAGAUGAACUUAAUUGCUCCAUCACAUUAUAAAGAAAAUCAACUCCAAAUAAUGGCCUUACAAAUAAUAUUACGUUUGACUUACUGUAAACAGUGACUUAAGUUUAAAAGCAUAAAUAUCUUUCAGACCUUAAGGAAAUAUUAAAGCACAAACGUUAAUAUAUUUGACCAUAUUAAAAUACUUUUGUUCAUUGAGAACUUUUACUCACUAAAAGGCAAUUUAACAAAAGCGAACAGACGAUGCAUAAACAAACUUGGAGAAGGUAAUCAUAAUACAUACCUACGCUUGACAGAGGAUUAUUAUAAAGAAUACAGAGUAUUUUAUCACAGUGAAAAAUAAUAAUUUUAAAAAGAUCACAUAAAGAACUUUUUUUUUUCUUGAGGUGGCAUCUCACUCUGUCACCCAGGCUAGAGUGCAGUGGUGAAAUCUCGGCUCACUGCAAACUCCGCCUCCGGGUUCAAGCGAUUCUCCUGUCUCAGCCUCCUGAGGAUCUGGGAUUACAAGCACAUGCCACGAUGCCUGACUAAUUUUUGUAUUUUUAGGAGGGACGGGGUUUUGCCAUGUUGGCCAGGGUGGUCUCGAACUCCUAACCUCAGGUGAUCUGCCUGCCUCCACAUCCCAAAGUGCUGGGUGGCAUGAGCCACUGUGCCCAGCCCACAUAAAGAAAUUCUAAUCAACAAAUAAUAUAAAAGUAAUGGGAAAAUGUGCAAGAGUCAUGAACAAGAAUUUUGCAGAAAAAAAAAAUAUAUGGCCAGUUCAUCACAUAAAAACUAUGUAUGUUGAAGAAGCCACAGAUCUACAGGAUCUGAUACAUUGCUGCUGGCAGUGUAAAUUGGUGCAAGACUCUGGAAAACAGUUUGGCUUUAGUUCUUAAAGAUGAACAAUCCGAUGGACAUGGUGGCUCACGCCUGUAAUCCCAGCCCUUUGGGAGGCCAAGGGAGGGGGACCACCUGAGGUCAAGAAUUCGACCCCAGCCUGGCCAACAUGGUAAAACCAUGUCUCUACUAAAAAUACAAAACUUAGCCAGGCGUGGCCAGGGUUCCCACAGCCAGAAGGAUUCACCCACAGAGCCCCUCUACAGAGCAUACAUAAGAAAUCUACCUUUUAAUAUGUUUCAGGGAGACACAGAUGCUAUCUUUCAGGAUCUCAGCAUAAGGAGUAUAUAGCUAGUCAGAGACAAAGACACAGACAAAUUUAAAGGAUUCUACUAUAGGCUGGGCGCGGUGGCUCAAGCCUGUAAUCCCAGCACUUUGGGAGGCUGAGGCAGGUGGAUCAUGAGGUCAGGAGAUCGAGACCAUCCUGGUCAGUAUGGUGAAACCCCGUCUCUACUAAAAAUACAAAAAAAAUUAGCUGGGCGUGGUGGCGUGUGCCUGUAGUCCCGGCUACUCAGGAGGCUAAGGCAGGAGAAUUGCCUGAACCCAGGAGGCGGAGGUUGCGGUGAGCCGAGAUCGCGCCAUUGCGCUCCAGCCUGGGUAACAAGAGAGAAACUCCGUCUCAAAAAAAAAAAAAAAAAAGGAUUCUACUAUAUAGAAUUUGAUGAAGCGGAUUCCCUUAAGGAAGCUUUGAAAUAUGAUGGUGCACUGUUGGGUGAUCAGUCACUUGAUGUGGACACUGCAGAAGGCAGAAAGCAAGAUAAAGGCAGCUUUGGAUUCAGAAAAGGUGGACUAGAUGACGAGGCUUCAAGGAUGACUUCUUAGGAGGCCGGGGAAGUAGUCACCCAGCUGACUGGUGAACAGGCCCCACAAUGGGCAGCCGCUUCAGAGAUGGCCCUCCACUGAUCCAACAUGAUUUCAGAGAACGGACAAAAGAGGGAAGAACAGAGACCACGGCUCCAGCAACCUCAAACCAUUGCAACACUCCUCAAUCAAGUAGCCAAUCCCAACUCUGCUAUCUUCGAGGGUGCCAAAACGAGAGAGGAAGUCAUUCACAAGGAGCAAGAAUGAGCCUGCGGUUGGGAAGGAAUGGGCUGUGGGGGGAUUGGAGCAGGACCACAGCCUGGUGACCACCUCCCCCCUCCAGGCGUUCCUGCAGCUUCCACUCCUGUGCCUGCCAUUGCCCUCCCCACACAGCUUGCUGAGCGUAUACCAGCUGUUAAAAAGCUGUUUUUAGUACAUUCUGGGCUUUGCUGUAUCUAUCUAGUACCUGUUUGUCCAUUUUGUGUGUGUGUUAUUUUUUGUUGUUUUGUUUGAGAGGGAGCCUCGCUCUGUUGGCCAGGCUGGAGUGCAGUGGUGUGAUCUCAGCUCACUACAACCUCCACCUCCCAGGUUCAAGUGAUUUUCCUGUAGCUGGGACUACAGGCAUGUGCCACCACACCCAGCUAUUUUUUUGUAUUUUUAGUAGAGACAGGGUUUCACUGUGUUAUCCAGGAUGGUCUCGAUCUCCUGACCUCGUGAUCUGCCCGCCUCAGCCUCCUAAAGUGCUGGGAGGGGAACCUCGACCACAUGUUCCAACUGGUCCACUGGAUGUGGUCGAGGGUCCCCUCUCUGGUCAGCUGCAGUGAAUGGCCAGCUGGUUUCUUUUCUGCUGGGCCAAGGCACUUUGGGAGUCCGGGGGUAGUGCUGGUGCUGUGCUGGGCGGACUGCAGCAUUGACAUGGCAUUUUCCCAAAUCCCUGUGGCUUGUGUUUGUUUCUCUGUUCCUAGCAUAGGCAACAUAAUGAGAUACUGUGCUUCCCAACUCCCCUUCAAUUCAUAGCCAAAAUGGGUCUAGAAUCUGGUACUUUGCUCAUUUCCUUUGAUAAAUUAAAUUGCACUAUGCAGAGCUGUCAGGAACCGUCAGAUAACCACAUAGGACUGCAGCUGUCUAGGUCUGUGGCCGCAUCUUAGGGACACACUUGAUUGUUUCCACAUGUAGGGUUCAGCAGUUACCUGGGAGGGGCUAGGCUUUUGAGCUUGAAUGCCUGCCUGUGAACAGAUGAAAAAUCCUUCAGUACCCAAAUCCCGGUCUAUCCUAUGGGGAGCAGUUGGGCCAGCCAGCAGCAAGCGCCUAGGAAGGAGACCCUCGCUGGGUGAUGGCAGGGCCCAGGGUGGCCUGGGGCGUCCAGUGUAGUGUGCUUAGUAAUUGGUCACUAGCCGUCAUCCCUGGCUUCUCCUACUUUGUCUCUGUUACAAGCCCUCAGCAAUCCACAGAACUCUCUCUCCUUCAUUCCCCCAUCAGCUUCUCUGCUUCUGAGAUAAGAACCAUUUGUGUAACACCAAUACUUAAGAAAGACAUGCAUUAUGUGGUGUCAUCAAACCGGAUGCCUUCAGAUGACUACUUACAUCUUCAAUGUGGAUAAGAGAAAGAAACAAAACAAAUGCAUCCAAAUUCCUGGGCAACCCAGUUGAUUUUCUUCAAAUUAAGAAUGGAAUUCCAAACACAACACAUUCAGCUACAUUGCAGAAAGUAAAUCUAUGAAUAUGGUAUUUUGUGAAUGCUCUUUUAAAAUAAAACCUUACAUAAUUAAAA